AUGACGGGCCUAGUCAGCAAGCUGACAGCACCAACAUCACCAAUGGAGGCGAUGCGAUUCCACGUCAUAAUGGAAGCCCCAACCGGGAGAAUGAAGCAUGAUGACAACACCAUUGCCGGUGAUGGAGUUGAUUGCAUUACCCAUCCAGAUGGACACGACCAGAUGACCACCGAAGAAGAGCCAUGGGACCGAGGAGUAAAUAUGGGACAUGGUCUCCAGAGGUUGACCCGAGCUCAUGGUGCCAAACUGCCAGUUGUCAUAACUGAAGGGAAUAUAAGGCCCGUGGAACCUAAGAUUGCUGCAAUGUAUGCCACUGAAUGCAACAUUGCAGUCAGGAAUCAUAUUCCUGUGUUCAAGCACUGGAAGGAAUACAAGAAGCACCCUGCGCUGUUUGAGCUGUUUUUGGGAAGACUACGUGCAAAGUUUGACAUCGACACAAGUAAUGAAGUAGUCAGAAAGGGUUGCUUGGAGAUGAUGCAAUCUGCAGUUCGCCAACAGCGAUACAAGCUGAAAAAAGAUUUCUUUGAUUCUGUUCCUCUACAUCUGGUUAGGAAAACUUCUCCUGCAAAAGUGAUGAGUAAUGAACAGUGGAUUGACCUUGUGGACUCAUGGAUGACCCCCCAAAAAAUGGAGGCAAGUCGAAAGAACAAAGAGAAUCGAGAUGAUGUAAAAUUCCACCAAACAACUGGCUCCUGUAGCUACCCAGUUUAUGUAGAAAAAAAAUUGGAUAAAGAACUUGAUGCUGUUGAUUUGUUUAAGAUGUGCCACUACAGCAACAAAAAGAAAGGAUACACGCCCACUGUACAAUCUGCUAUUACUCAAAUGGAAAAUCAGUUGGCUGCACCAACAGAAGAUGGACAACCCAAGUCUGCAACCCAAGUUGUCAGUGCUGUGCUUCAUCAAAACACAAAAACCAAUCACUUCCUUCGGAAUGUGGGCAACCAGGUUGCAAAGCGAAGGACUACACUACAAAAUGUUCAAGCAGAAUUGGAGGUGGAGAAAAUAACCAAUUCUGAGCUUCAGUCGAUCGUCAAGAACCAGCGUGAAGAAAUGGAUGGUUUGAAAAAUCAAGUCCAGGGAACAGAACAAGCAAGGAUCAAAUACCAAGAGGAGAACCGGAAGAAGCAAGCUGAGUUGGAGAAGAAAAUUGAGCUGCUGCUAAGCCAAAAUGGACAAAGCUGAGCAUAUGGUGGUCUGAUCUGGUAGCUUUUG